CUGAUGAAUGUUCCACCUUUUAAAUUACGAGCAUCAAAUCAUCAAGAAAUCUAAUUUGGAAUAACUAAGGUAUAACAUCGGUUCAACAAAACGUAGUAACAGAGCAUAACACAGUGAGAUGACAGUGAGUGUAUGUCAUUAAAGUUAAAAAGCGGUCAAAGUUUUGCAACUUUAGCAAGCAAAAUGAAAAAGUUAACAGUCAUUAUUUAUUGUAUUAUUUUGGCUGCUGUAUUAAGUGUAAUUUGCUGGCAUCAUAUACACAGUAAGACAGUCCCAAGAUCCUGGGCAUCAUGGGCAGAUGGACGCCACCCCGCGGUUCCAGAGAAAUACGUAAUCAUGAUGUUUUUGUGCAUGGUUCUUAUGUUUGCUCACAUCAUCCAACUUGUUCUUGCGCACAGUCACGUACCAUCUCCCUACCAAGUUUUUAUAAUGAUCACUGGAGCAUUUUGGGGAGUUAUUAUGUACUACAACGAGGUUCCUUUAUUAUUUUCUAAGGCGAUAAGUAUAUCGCUUGUUGAUAUAGCAUUGCUUUACAUUCCUGCCGCAACAUUUAAUAUAGCAUUCUGCAUGGAUGUUACUAUUUUCAUAAAAACUUUUCCACAAAUAUUAGUUAUCGGAUUCCCUGUGGGUGUACUUACGGGUGUUAUUUGCGGAAUUUUGAUGAAGUAUCUGGUAAACGAGAGUUGGUUUUUAUUGUUUGGCAUUUUUUUUGGAGUUCUCUGUAUACCGAGUAAUCCCAAAUUUGUUGGGUAUCUCCUUAAAGAACAGUCAUUGCACACAAAACACAUCGCAGUCCUCUUAGAAGGUGAGGCAUUGAUUACAUUUGUUGUGGGAGAUUAUUGUUACUUCCUACUAACAUCUUACAUGGCGGGAUACGUGGAACAUUGGUACCAGAUGAUUAGUGUGUUACUCCGUUUUCUUGUUGUCGGUACUUUGGAAGGAGUCUUAUUUGGGUUAGCCGGUCGUUUUCUCGUGCGAAAAAUGUCAUGGAACAAGUUGAGCAUGUUUUCAAUAUUUUUCGUGAUGCCGUUUUUGUGUUUUUCUUUCGCAUUUAACUUUGGCUCCGGUUCUGGCACGACGGGGGUAGCGAUCCUCGGUCUUAUAUUGGGUCUCGAACGAACAACUUUGAGUAAAGAAGCCGAUAAGCACAUAACAAAUUUUUGGGAAGCUGUGGGGUUCAUAAUGGAUGUGAUUCUUUGCGUGAGAUGUGCCAUAGCAUCCAUGCUUUAUGUUAUUGAAGUUGUUAGUUGGAACCACUUUGUAACAGUUCUUGUUACUUAUUUGAUUUACUACGUAACUCGGUUCUUCUGCUUCCUUCUGUUUCUUCCUCUGUUAAGUAGGUUGGGUUACGGGAUGGGUUUCAAGAACAUGAUUAUUUGCGUUUGGUGCGGAAUUAAAAGUCCUUUUAGUGUGCUGCUAGUAGCGUCUAUGGCGACAAUAGACAAAUCGAAUUUAUAUAGGCAUAUAUGGUUAUCGAUCUCAUUUUUUGUUAUUGGACUUUAUACUCUCUCCAACCUAAUUAAUGGCUCUUUGACGCGAAGUCUUUUGAACUUUAUGGGCUUUAGGACUAUCUCCAUUGCAAGACAAGCCAACAUGAGUAACUGCAUAAAGCAUAUUUUUGACAAGCGAGAAAGAACUAUUGAAAUAUUAAAAAUGGAUAGGUUUUUGGCUGAUAGCGACUGGGCAUUAAUUAGAGAAACGAGCGUCAUAAAACAUCCUUACCAUGUAAAUGUAAAUUCAACAGCAGAGGAAGAAGAACAGUAUUUUUUGGGAUACAGGUACACUUAUUGUCCAGAGUGUAAAAAAGAUGUUGAGGAACAACCAACAGCGAAAGAACUGAACGAAAUAAGAAAAGAAGCACAAAUGAGAGUACUAAAAGCUAAGAAAGUAUGUUAUACGAGACAAUUUGAAAAGGGGAUGGUUUCCAAACCAGGAAUGCGACUUCUCAGUCAGGGUUUAGAAAUUGAAUUGGACACGGGAGAAAUAUAUGAAGUCAAUUUUGAUCACCUAGAGAAAAAAUUUAGCUUGAAUAUUUGUCAACGAUUUUUCCGGAAACUUCUUCUUCGAAUUCAACAUUUGCGCGUAAGUUGUAAGAGACCAAAAACUUACUGGAGACGACUCUGCCACUUUCUCGUCAUACAAACAUCAUACAUGGAUAUAUUCAUGUUCGUCAUUGUCAUUCUUAAUAUUGUCGCUAUUGGAAUUGAUUGGCAUUAUCAUUCUACUUUGAAAACCGAUAGUUUACACCUUAAUCAUUCCCGUAAUUUUAAUUACUCUAUGACGGCAAUAAAACUGGUUUUUAUUUUUAUUUAUUUAUUGGAAUUCAUAAUAAAGGUGAUGGCAUACUCUCGUAGAAAUAUUUGUGUCGACGGCCUGAAGGGAUAUUUCAAAUCCUUUGCAAAUGCUAUUGAUGUUAUGAUCAUUAUUGUACUGAUUGUGAAUGUAUCUUUCAUUACUCGCGAAGCUGUUAAAUCAUCAGAAACUCACAAAGCAUUUAAUCAUGAAGAAGAACUUGUCCACAUAGUAUUCAUUUGGUUACAGUUACUUGUUGUAGCGAAAUUGGCCAUAGUUUUACGAAUUUUCAAUCCACUUUUUUUGAAGUGCAUAGAUCGUUACGCAGAUACAAAAUUGGCUUUUGCAUACGAUAUAUGCAAAAGUUAUGUUUCGACUAACAGUGAAGUCUUAGAGAUGUUGCCUUACUUAAUCGAUAAUAAACAAGUAAGGGAUGAAGUGAAGAUGAAGCUCGAUAGUGAUCGAGUCGUCAUUACCAAAAUGCUGGGAUUUAUUCAAAAGGAAAAGCCGUGGGUGGCCAUUACGGUCAAGACUAAACAAGCGAUUCGAACGAUUCUUAGUAAUAUGUCAGAGGCACUGAAUCAACUUAAAGUUGCCGGUUGGAUCGACAAUUUUGAGCAAGACAAGCUACUGAUGGCCAUGGACGUAUUGUAUGAGAGAGUAAACGCCAUCAAAAUGGUUCAACCAAGUGCCCCUAAAUUGAUCUUCAAGGAGGUGGCGUGGAUGGCUGAGGAUGAGCGUGUCAUUAAUUACCUUUUUGAAAAUGUUACGCUUAAAAAAUUUGAUACGGGAGAUAUAGUCUUUGAAGAGGGCGACAUUGCUGACUGUAUCUACAUAGUCGUAACAGGGCUUUUUGUCGUUAAUUAUACGCCUAAUAAAAUAUGCCUUGAAAAUUUACAAGCCUACGGUCGAUUGCCUAUUGUGGACUAUCUUUCUAGUACAAAAUAUGACAUUCCGUCUGUGGACUACAUUGUUUCAGGCAAUUGUAUAGGAGAACUCAGUUUUUUGACUGAAAGACCUUACAACUGCACUAUUCAAGCUGAAGCACCAAGUCAAGUUUUUGUCUUGAAAAGUGAAUUUUUGAGACGAGCGAUGAAAAUGAGUCCCGAUCCCGUUAUUGGUCUGGAAUGUAGAAUUUGGAAGGAAGUUAGCAUUAGAACUGCAGUUCCGCUUCUUCUAGCGACUCCCGCUUAUCAGUUAUUGAGCCAGGAACAAGUCAAAUAUGCCUUAGAACGAGCCUUUGUACCAAAUUUGAGUCAAUAUAAAAUUUUCGCUGUGACUGAUAUGAUUGAAGAUGUGAUAAUUGUCGAUGGUUUUGUUGCUGAUUAUAAUACACGGGAGACCUACCUUGCCCCUUGCUGUAUUUCUAGAACUGUACAGAAACUUAUUUUGCCCUCAAGCAGCUAUAUGAAUGUUUCAUUUGAUGUUGAAACGAAGCUUUUAAUUAUUCCAGAUCAAGAAGUAGAUGAAUAUGAUGUUAUGAUGAUGGCUGAAGAAACUUGCGAAAUGAUUUCUGCAGGAUCAGAAUAUAAAUGUCUUCAACACAUAGCUCAAGAGCGUCUCAAAAAUAGAAAACGAAAUAAAAUGGCUAAUAGGUCAUAUCGUCAAAAAAUGAAAAAAUCUACCCAAAUAAAUUCAGUACAAAAUUCUGAACGAAGUAUUGGUCAUUCGCUUGCCUCAGCCUCUGCACACUCUCGAACGGAUAUGGCAUCUGCGUUGGGAUUGAGUGUUUCCCUAGAUGAACUCAUAGAAGAGCAAAACAAGGGAAUUUUUAGUUUUCGCAGAGAGUCGAAGGUGCAACCUCUAUAAUAACUUGUUUAAAACUUAAUGUAUUGUUUUACAACUUCCUUAAUAAAAUAUAGAACUGAAUUACUCCCUUUUGUGACACUACUUGGCCAGUACGGUGCAGUACCAAGAAGUUUGGUUCAACAUGGUCUAGGAACGUGACAGUUUCCAUAGUAGUCACGUAGUCAAUGAGAACAAUAAUAACAAAGUGAGUGGCCGUCAUUAUAGUGUGACUACAGUUAAAAAACGGUGAAAGUUUUGCAUUUUUCUGAGAAAAAUGAAAAAGCUAGCAGUUUUUGUAAUUUUUGUAUUUUUGGCUGCCGGUAUAAGCGUAGUUUGGUGGCAUCAAUUAUAUAGUAAAACAGUACCACGGUUUUCAAACGAAUGGUUCUUUCAACAACAUCCCGCUGUGCCAGAGACAUACGUGGUCAUGAUGUUUUUUUGCAUGGUUCUCAUGUGCGCUUACAUAAUUCAACUUAUACUUGUGAAUACUCGCAUACCAAUCCCCUAUCAAGUCUUUAUGUUGGCGAGUGCAUCGGUAUGGGGAGUUAUCAUGUACUACAAUGAGGUGCCUUUGCUCUUUUCAAAGGCAAUAGAUGUACCCAUGGUAGAUGUCGCGCUCCUUUACGUUCCUGCCGCAAUAUUUAAUAUAUCUUUCUGCAUGGACGUCCCUAUUUUUUUUAAAAGUAUCCCACAAAUUUUGAUCAUAGGACUGCCUGUGGCUGGAUUAACGGGUAUUUUUAACGGAAUUUUGAUGAGACAGCUGAUAAAUGACAAAUGGCCAUUAGCGUUUGGCUUUUUUUUUGGACUUCUCUGUAUACCAACGAAUCCCAAAUUUAUUGGCUACCUCCUUAAGGAACAGUCAUUACGAACGAAACACAUUGGCGUUCUUUUAGAAGGGGAAGCAUUGAUUAGUUUUGUAUUGGGAGAUUAUCUAUACUUACUAACAGUAUCAUAUAUGUCGAAACAUGUGGUACAUUGGUAUCAAAUUAUUAGUGUGAUACUCCGUUUUGUUGUUAUGGGUAUCUUGGAGGGACUCUUGUUCGGGAUGAUGGGUCGUUAUCUCGUGCGAAAAAUGUCAUGGAACAAGUUGAGCAUGUUUUCAAUAUUUUUCGUGAUGCCGUUUUUGUGUUUUUCCUUCGCUUUUAACUUUGGCUCCGGUUGUGGCACGACAGGAGUAGCGAUACUCGGUCUUAUAAUGGGCCUCGAGCGAACAACUCUGAGUAGAGAAGCUGAAAAAUACUUGACAAAUUUUUGGGAAGGUUUGGGAUUCAUAAUGGACGUGCUUUUGUGUGUAAGGUGUGCCGUUGAUGCAAUGAUUUAUGUUGUCGGAAAAGUUGAAUGGAGUCACUAUGUUCUAAUUUUGGUUGUUUAUUUGGUAUACUACGUAACUCGGUUUUCUUGCUAUCUUCUGUUUCUGCCAUUACUAAGUAGACUGGGUUAUGGAAUGGAUUUUAAAAACAUGAUGAUUUGUGUAUGGUGUGGAAUCAAAAAUCCUCUCAGUUUGUUGAUGGUAGCAUCGAUGGCAGUCAUAGACGUAUCAAGAUCAUACGACGAGAUAUGGAGAUUGUGUUUUUUUUUCUUUCUUGGUUUAUACACUUUGUCCAACCUAAUCAAUGGCUCUUUGACGCGCAAUCUUUUGAAUUUCAUGGGUUUUCGGACAAUUUCCAUGUCAAGACAAGCCAACAUGAGCAACUGUAUAAAACAUAUUUUUAACAAGAGGCAACGAACAAUUGAUAUAUUAAAAAUGGAUAGGUUUUUGGCUGAUAACGACUGGUCAUUAAUUAGAAAAAUAUGUACCAUAGAACA